CAAUGUCAUUCAAUUGUUCGUUCUUUGGCGGGAAUAAAAACAAACAAUUUGGAGAAAUCGGGAAAACUUAAAAUAAAAUAAUUCACACAAUCUUGAGAUAAAAAAAUGAAGAAUGUAGCUGCCUUAAAAACAAAUACGAAUUCACCAAAAACUCCUGGCGGGAUAAGCAAAUCAUUGUUAACUCCCUGCAGACGAGUUGGCUUAUCAAGGAACUGGAAAAAAAGUGGACCUUCUCCUUUUAUCUCACCUUUAGCCAGUAGUGUUGAAGGAAGUCAAGAGAGGCCCAAGGAAAUUAAAAAAAAAGAUAAAGAAAUUGACGAGAAAUGUGAAAGUCCUUUAAGUCCCUGCGUAGGUACAUCCAGUGAUGUAAUUGUGGAUAAAACUCCAACUCGUAGCGUCGCACUGCCCCGUAAAAAGAAAUCCAAAACACUUUUAGCUGCUAUAAGUUCUAGUGAAACUAGUACCGAAUGUGACAAUGAAAAUCUUGCAACAGAAAAUGAUGACAAUGUUACUGAAAACUUAGAAGUUCAAAAUAAAUUCACAGAUAAUGUUGAAAAGGCUGAUAUCAAUGAAGUGUCAUCCCCAGUACGCGUUAAAUCAAAAAGUAAAAGCAAAAAAAAACCAUCCCAAGUACAAUCCAGUCAAGAUUCCAAUAUUAAUAAUACUUAUGAUGGUAAAGGUAAGAAUAAGAAGGAUGAUAAGUUUGUUAUAAAAGAAAAUUCAAAAGAUAAAAGUCCAAAUGAACUGAAGAAAGAAUGCAUAGUAGUUAUACAGCGGAAAAUAUUUAAAGAUGUAGAUGGGCUAUGUCAAGCAACUUAUAAUAUUUCAAAUAAAGAGACAGUAGGUAAUACAUCAUCGCAAACUUUAUUUGAUUCAGACUCUGAUGACAAGCCGUUAUGUCAAUUGAAUAAGACAGAUUCUCAAAAAUCUAUUGAUUCUAUAACAAAAGGAUCCAAAAAGGCAAUAGAGGUCCUCAUAGUGAACGAAGAUAAUGAUUUUGUAGAACAUAAGAGUAAAAUAAGAAAAUUAGAAACAAGUAAAGACAAACCAAAAAUAGAUAUUAAGAAAACAAAAAAGAAAAAUGAACCAAUUAAAAUAAUUAAGGACAAACCUAACUCAUUUGAUGAUGAUGAGGACUUCGAUUUUGAUAAUAAAAAAACAAUUCUAAUACGUAAAACAUAUGAGAAAGUUCACAAACCUUUAAAAGCUAAAUCAACUGGCUCUAUAACCCAAAAAGAUAUUGACGAACUGAAAGCCAGAAUUGAGCUUAAAAAGAAAAUAUUAUUAGCAAAAACAAUCUCGGAGGACACAAAAGAGUUACGAGAUUUAAUAAAAAAGUGGCAGAAAGGAUGUCAAGAUGCCUUAAUGGAGUUGAUGGAUUUGAUGAGAAAGAAGUUUCCAGAGAAGAGUAACAUGGACUAUUCGGAAAUUUUGGAAACAUUGCAUAUUCCUGCGCCUCUAGUUGGUUAUGAUUCAGAAAAUGAUAGUUUUAAUACUCCUAAGGAUGAAAAUAUUGUCUUAUCUCAUGUUUACAAUUCAUAAUUAAAUAUAGCAUUUAUUUAUUUAUUAACAUUUAUUUAUAAAACAAUUUUUGUUAUCCUAAAGGAAAUAUGGCUUAUGUUUUGUUUUGUCCCUAUUAAGCAUAGUCUUAUCUAUUUAUCAUUCUUAUAGUCUAAAUGAGGCAUAAAAACUUCAUCACAUGUUCUAGAUUCCUUUACUGUCCUAGAUCGGAAGAAUGAUGAUUUCUUAUUAGACCAACCAUUAUAAGAAGUAUAGUUUUGUCAAUUUCUGUGUAAAAAUGUUUAUUUGAAAUCUACAUUGCCUGCUGCGGCUUUCUCUAUAGUUAUCUUUUUGUAAAUACAGUUGUGAGAAAAGUAUAAUCUUUUGUUUUUUACACAAUAUAUUGAGAGUAUGACUGUCACAA